CUCGUGAUUUCUGGGUAACGUAGUCCGUUCUUAUCGGUUCUCAGAAAAUGAACCCUCCCCUUCUACCCGUUCGUUCCCUUCCGUAAAGACUACAAAGCCCAGAAAACAUCGCCGGUUCCUCCUCGUCCAAUAGCAGUCCCUCAUGAAGCGGGGCGCGGAGCCCGGCUCUCCCAACUCAAGAUGGCGGAUAAGAGUGAGACAGCAGUGAAGCAGCAGCCGCCGCCGCCUCCGACGCCGCAGCUGAUGGAAGGGAACGGGAAUGGCCAUGAGCACUGCAGCGACUGCGAGAACGAGGAGGAGAACAGCUACAACCGGGGUGGUUUGAGUCCAGCAAAUGACAGUGGAGCCAAAAAGAAGAAAAAGAAGCAGAAAAAAAAGAAAGAGAAAAGCAAUGAAACAUUGGAUGCUGCCCAAGACCAGCCUGUGAAGGUGAACUCUUUACCAGUGGAGAGAAUCCAGGAAAUACAGAAAGCCAUUGAGCUGUUUUCAGUAGGCCAAGGACCUGCCAAAACAAUGGAGGAAGCCAGCAAGCGUAGUUACCAGUUUUGGGACACCCAGCCUGUACCUAAGCUUGGAGAAGUGGUGAAUACCCAUGGUCCCGUGGAACCUGACAAAGACAACAUCCGUCAAGAGCCCUAUACCCUGCCCCAGGGCUUCACCUGGGAUGCCUUGGACCUAGGGGAUCGAGGUGUGCUGAAAGAACUGUACACCCUCCUGAAUGAGAAUUACGUGGAAGAUGAUGACAACAUGUUCCGAUUUGACUACUCACCUGAGUUCCUUUUGUGGGCUCUUCGCCCCCCGGGCUGGCUCCCCCAAUGGCACUGUGGAGUCCGAGUCAUCUCAAGCAACAAACUGGUGGGCUUCAUCAGUGCCAUUCCUGCAAGGAUCCAUAUCUAUGACACAGAGAAGAAGAUGGUAGAGAUCAACUUUCUGUGUGUCCACAAGAAAUUGCGUUCCAAGCGGGUGGCACCAGUGCUGAUUAGAGAGAUAACCCGGAGAGUCCACUUGGAGGGCAUCUUCCAGGCUGUUUACACUGCUGGGGUAGUACUACCCAAACCUGUCGGCACUUGCAGGUACUGGCACCGAUCCCUUAACCCACGGAAGUUGAUUGAAGUGAAAUUCUCACAUUUGAGUAGGAACAUGACCAUGCAGCGCACCAUGAAGUUAUACCGACUACCAGAGACUCCAAAAACAUCUGGGUUGCGACCCAUGGAAAAGAAGGACAUUCCAGUGGUUCACCAACUCCUGACCAAGUACUUGAAGCAGUUCCACCUGACCCCCGUCAUGAGCCAGGAAGAGGUGGAGCACUGGUUCUUCCCUCAGGAGAACAUCAUUGACACUUUUGUGGUGGAGAAUGCAAAUGGUGAGGUGACGGACUUCCUGAGCUUCUAUACUCUGCCCUCCACCAUCAUGAACCACCCGAUCCACAAGAGCCUGAAAGCUGCUUAUUCCUUUUACAACGUUCACACCCAGACCCCACUUCUAGACCUCAUGAGUGACGCUCUGGUCCUCGCCAAAUUGAAAGGAUUCGAUGUAUUCAAUGCACUGGAUCUCAUGGAAAAUAAAACAUUCUUGGAGAAGCUGAAAUUUGGAAUCGGGGAUGGCAACCUGCAGUAUUAUCUCUACAAUUGGAAAUGCCCCAGCAUGGGAGCAGAGAAGGUUGGACUGGUGUUGCAGUAAUCAGCUGCCAAUGAAAAUUGGACAAAGCCACUGAGAAUUCAGAGCAGGACGUGGAACCCGCCGCUGUUGGUCUGAUUUUCAUGGAAGCGAGAAUCCCCAGCUGAGGGAACAGAACAGAACCAGCUAUACCAAACAGCCACUGACUUUGACAGUUGUAUCACAACGGCGCAGGCCGUCACCUCUGGCAGCUUCUCUGGUCUCUGUUUUCCAAUUCAUUACAUCCUCAUGCAGCCAUGAUCAAGGGAAUGUAACUGCUGAAAACUAGCUCAUGAUUGGCAUAUUAUGGAGUUAACGGGUGAAUAAUAAAAAUAUAUAUAUUAUAUAUAUAUAAUAUUUUAAAUAUCUUUCAUGUUCCAGACUUACAAGGAUGUUUGGUCCCUAAUGAAAAGCUGUGUCCGGCAAAAAUCCUUAAAAUAAGAGCCAGGGAUUCAGCAUGUUAGUGCCACCAGUCAAUGCCCUCAGAAGAAUGGCAUUGGCAUUGACAUUUGGGGGUGGGGUGGCAAGGGUGAUGCAAGUGUGAGCAACCUCCCCCUUGGUUCCCAUCUGCUUUGGGAGUGGAACAGGUGAAGGGGGUAGGUAUUUAAGUAGGAGCAGAGUAGAGUAAGAGAAGUUCAGGUCAUUGCUGAAUCCUACGGAUGUGCUCAGGGCUGGUAACAUGACACGUGGGCCCAGGCUGAGAUGGAGUCCCAUGGAUAGAGCUGUAGAGUGAGCGUCAGGCCCACGCUGCCAAUGCUUCUACCUGGGCCCAAAAAGCAUCACGGAGUCUGUUGGAAAUGGGUAGGGGAGAAAGUUUUAUGGACACAGCUCUCCUGGGCAGUUCCAGUAAGGAUUUAACUUAUUCCCUACUCCUUCCAUUACCAUCAUUACAGUCUCUACUCUCUAAGAAACUAAUUUGUUGAUUCCUUUUUUAAAGGGCUAUGUGGAUAGUUGUUGCCAUCCUUUGUAGGGAGAACAUCCCCUUUGUGGGAUGUUAGAUCUGCUCAGUGUGACUGUCAGCUCGAAGGGGACCUCAGACCUCCUUGUAGCUUCUGGGACAGUACUGAGUGCAUGGCAGUGCCAUUCCUGUUAGCAGAAGCAUGUCCCACUGCCCGGGGUACGUGUGUGCAUGAGUGACAACUGUCAGGAGAUGACGAUGGCCAUGGGGCUGCUCACCCAAAUGCCUUUCUGCCACCAGUCAUGAGCCCGUGCCUUCCAGCUGUUCUCAUCACAUUAACCAUUCCCCACUGCCCAUUCUGGAUACCCCUUUGUGCUUCCUCAGGGACCAGCCCAUGGAGCAGCUGGGGCUGGGGAGAGGGAUUUUGGUUUUAGACAGAUUAGGAAACUCAGCUAUAAGAAAGAAAGGGGUUUUUCAUGCUGUUGUCUUGGCCUGUAUUUCAGUGCUGGGUGGUUUCAUGCUUGUAAUGGCCCUUAACUUACAAAAAAAAAAAAGAGUAAUAUAAUCAUUUUUCAGAGGUGCUGAACAGAGUGGGGCCAGGGAGCAUUGUUUUGCCAAGUUUUGUUUUCACCCAAGUACAAUCUCAUAGUUUUUGUUCUAGAGAGAAAAAAAAAACCUCAGUGGUGGACAGAGAACAUGAUGUACAGGGGUGUUCUUGCUCCUUUUACCUUUUGGGCUCUUUCAGGUGAAAGUGAAACCUCAGUUGGAAGGCCAGGCGAAGCCAUCUCUGGUCCCACUGACUGAAGCCACCUUUGCCAGAGUCGGGUUUGUUCCAAGGUAUGGGUUUGGUUGGCAUUUUCAGGGGACAGUUCUGAAGUAAGGGGUGUUUUCGUAUGAACUUGACCACGAUGUGUUUGAAGACUGAACUAAUUGGGUGGUGUUGGGAUUUAUGGAAAUCCUGCUUGCCCUCUGUAGACGUAUAGGAAUGGGUCAAAGUCCCCCCAGCACUGGAGUUAAGUUUGUUCAAAGAUCUUUAGAGCCCUACCCUUUCAUUCCCCCCCCCCCCAUCCCUACCCUGUGAAUUAUUUUAAAAAGAACACUCAUCACUUCAGGACCCAGUGGAUAAUAGUGGAUCUUUGAGCCCCUUAAAGCAAGGCUACUGAGACCAAAGCAGCUGCCUAUUGGACAGCAGUAUCCUCAUGGAAAAUUAAAUGGGAGGGAGCAGGAAGCCAAGGUGUCCCAGACUUGGUCUUCUUUAUCGAGAUUUAAGUCCACCAAAGUCUAACAAACCCAAUUACCCACUCUUUUCCUGCCUUAGGCAAUGGGGUGAAAAGGGGAAAGUCCUGUCCUAGAGCUGCUUUGAACCACCUCAGACAAGGCCAUGAUCAGAGAGGCAUGUGUGGGAUUCUGGGGCGCUCUUUCAAUUGUCUCAAGCUUUCUCAGGGGAUGAGAAGAUGAGUUUGCUCAUCUUGGUUAGCGUGGAUCAUGAAAUGGAAACUCAGGUGCUUAACCCCGCUGGCCCAGGAAUGUACAGAACCCUUGGCAAAGAUUUCUUUCCAGGAUUGUGAAGCCCCAAGGCCUUUAUACAGUUGGCACCAUGUGGCCAGGUGUGAGAUCCUGAGCACCAGUCCCUUGGCUUGCUCAUGAAUACAAUCAUCAUUUGAUCAAAAUGCCAAGACUUUGAAUUCCCAUGAUCCUUUUCUGCUUGCUGUGCCAUUUCAUCUAGAUCUUCAAGAGUCAGCAUAGAGUUGUUAUUAAACCAGCCCCUGGAGUUUGAUCCCACCCUCUAUCCCAUCCUUGGGAUUUCUAGGCCUAAGCCCAGAAGGAAGAACCACUGUAAGAUCCCAGGUCCUCCUUCCAGCUCUUGGAGUAACCAGGGAAGCUGAUGGUCAGUGGUGCCACUACAUCCCUAGAGGGGGGCUUACCAAAGGGAUCUAAUGGACCCAGGUGGCAUCCUGUGAUUUCCUGUGAAUUUUUGCUUCUUUAUUGUGGUGCCCUGGCCCUCUGGCCUCAUACAUUGCUACCCAGGUUGGCUUUAAACACAUCCUUUUCCAAAGACUUCUUUGGAAUUGCUCUCACUAUGUGACUGCUGAUCCUAUGGUACAGUUUGGUAGGCUCCCACCGGCUCUUGCAAUUAAAGCCUUCUCUUGCCUGAGCCAGAAACCUGAAGGAGAAGGCCUCCUGUGACACCAGCUCCUUCCCCACCCCCAGUUACCCUUUGCUGCAUGAGUGCUAUUCUGAAGAAGCUUUGUUCCAAGGUGAAGAUUAAAAAACAAAAACAAACCAGUCCAGUCCACCUCAGUUUAGUGGGGACACACUAAAGCAGUGCUGUUUGCCCUUCAAGUCUGGAGGGAAAAUUAAGUCCUGCUUUUUCGGACCCACCUCCAGCUUCCUUUUCCUUCCUUUUUUUCUGGCUUAGGCCACUCUGGAGCCUAGAUGGAAGUUCCUUUGUGUAUGUUGAGGCAUCUCAAUUGUACCUCCCAAAAGAUAAACCAUUAAAAACUGAAAUGUGUGGUAGACUUCAGUGGACUUCUAAUGGAGCUGAGCUAGGAAGGCUUCAGGCUACCUGCAGUGGACUAAAUAAUGAUGGUCCCAAAGCAAGUGAAUGAUGAGAUCUUCAGGGGUGUUGCUAUCCAGACUUGGGCUAAAGAAGGUGAUGCCCUGUGAUGGGGAGAAGCCAGAAUUGUCUCCUCCCAGAACUCCCUGCCUCUUAUAUCGAGCUCAGCUGGGGUGGGAGAUGGGUGGGAGUCUGGUCCUCCUUUGAGAGCCUUGUUAAGGUAGACAUAAGAUCAUCAGUUUGUAACUUUCUACUGUGUGACUUGGUAGAACUGAAAAAUGUGACUUUGGGUGUCUCCCCCUCCCCCCCGGGGAAGGUGGGUUUGCCACUGAGAACACUGGAUAAUGGAUCUUAACAGGUGGGCCCUGAAUAGUGGGGGGUCCUCCAGGCUGGGGGGGUUUCUCUGGAUGCUGCCCAGGGGAGGAAAUGAAGCCUCACCUUUUUGUUCUCAAGUUUCUUGGUGUAUUGGGGUAAAGAUGGAGGCAUUUUGGAGGGGGAGGUUUGGUGAAGUAGCUUCCAUUUCAGAGGAACAAGGGAUAAAGAAGUUGUGUGUGGCUGGUCAUGAGUGAUUGCAAUUUCCUUAAUUCUAAUAAAGCAGCUGAAACCCU